GAAAGAAGUAGGCCGGAGGGAGAGGGAAAAAAAAUGAGAGGCGGCAUGAUGAUGAGUAGUGUGGGAAUAUUGUUGUUGUUCUUGUUAGUGGCGGAGGUCCGCGGCGGUGGUUUCAACUACCGGCAAGCUUUAGAGCUGACACCGCUGUUCUUGUACGCCCAAAGGUCCGGGAAAUUGUCCGAUGUCAAGAACAAGCUUGUGGACUGGCGUUUCGAUUCUGGACUCACCGAUGGAAUGGCCCAAGGAGUGGACCUGGUGGGAGGAUACUAUGACGCAGGAGACAACGUCAAGUUCGGACUGCCAAUGGCAUUCACAAUGACCAUUCUGUCCUGGACAGCCUUACAAUACGGCGGAGGUGGUGGUGGUAUCCCCCAAGAUGUGUACGCCAAUACUUUGGAUGCCAUUAAAUGGGGCACCGAUUACCUCCUCAAAGCUCACCCUAACCCUAAUGUUCUCUGGGUACAGGUGGGAAUUGCAUUCAUGGAUCAUGCCAAAUGGGAGAGUCCGGAAAACAUGGAUACCCCGAGGGAUGCAUUCAAGAUUGAUGAAACCCAUCCGGGCUCUGACGUUGCCGCCGAGACCGCAGCCGCCUUAGCCGCCGCUUCUAUGCUCUUCAAGUCCACUAACCCUUCCUACUCUCAAACUCUCAUAUCCCAUGCAGUCUCGGAUGAACUGCUAUGGGCGGCGGCAUGGUUGUUCCGGGCAACGGGGAAAAAGGAAUACCUGGAAUACCUGGUGUCGGGCGGAGCAGGGGACCCUGUGAAGGAGUUUUCAUGGGACAACAAAUAUGCGGGUGUUCAGGUGUUGGUGUCCACGGAUGACACCAUCUGGGAACAAUCCAAGAGAAUUCCCACCAACAGUACUAAUAAGAAUGGAGAAGACGUGGUGAGGGAGUACAUGAGGAGGGCGGAGUACUUCGUGUGCGCCUGCAUGCAGAAGAACGCCGGCGCCGGGGACAACGUGGAACGCACCCCGCAGGGCCUGAUCUACGUCCGGCCGUGGAACAACUUGGAGUACUCCACGGGGGCCGCAUUCCUCCUCGCCCUCUACUCCGACCACAUCGCCUCCUCCGUCACCUGCCCCGCCGGGGUCGUCACCCGCAGCGAUAUCAUCCGCUUCGCCCAAUCCCAGGCCGACUACAUCUUGGGGAACAACCGCAUGGGAAUGAGCUACCUCGUCGGCUACGGCUCCAAGUUCCCAGAGUAUGUCCACCACAGAGGCGCCUCCAUUCCCGUGCAAUAUAAGACUAGCAGCAGCAGCAGCAGCAGCAGCAGUAAAACGGAUUGGAAAGCCAACCCCAACCCCAACCCCAACAUCCUCUUGGGAGCCGUGGUCGGCGGUCCCGACGAGAACGACAAAUUUGACGAUAACCGGGGCAACUACGAUCAGGCCGAGGCGACCAUGAACACCGCCGCCACCAUGUACGGAAUCCUCGCCAAGUUAUCUUCUUCUUCUUCUUCAUGGAAUCAGCAGCAGCAGGAGUCAGUAGUGAGCGUGGCGCACGCGGUGAUUUCGACGUGGAGUGUGGGGAAGACACAGUACUGCAGGCACAGGGUUGUGCUGGAGAACACGUCCCACAAGGACAAGGUCAAGGACCUGAGGCUCAGGAUCGAUCACCUCUCCGCCAGGCCCUUUGGCCUCACCCAAGUACUCGACGACGACGACGACGACAAGAAUGGUGAUGAUGAUGUGAAACCUCAGAUAUUCGUGCUUCCUAAAUGGACCAAUGCCACCAUCAAUCCCCGCUCAAAACACACCUUUGUCUAUGUCCAACAAUGCGCCCAAGCAAAGAUUACUCUUCUUACUUACACUACUACCUGAUCCAUAUCAUAUUUAUAUAUAUAUAUAUCCACCUCCUACCCUACCCUACCCUACCAUACCAUACCGUACCUAAUUAAUGAGAUGAUCCAUC